GCAUUUUUUCAUAGGCAUUUAAUAAAAAUAGUGUGUUAACAAAAUGAAAUAGUUCAUAAAAAGAAUGCGUCGUCUUAUAGAUCACAACCUUUGAACGUUAGCAAAACUAUGCUAUACCUACCACCAGUCCCUCACUUAAUAUAUAUAGAUAUUCACAUUAUCAUUACAUAAAUUAUUUCUCCAUAAGCUAAAAGUGGAUACACCAAGCUGUUUAAAGACCUCUUCACUCUCAGUUUCAAAAAUAUAGAAAUGGGAACAGAGAUGGUAAUGGUUCACGAGGUUCCUUUUCCUCAACAGAUACUCACUUCCAAGUCCCUCUCUCUUUUGGGCCAAGGGAUCACAGAUAUCGAGAUCCAUUUUCUUCAAGUGAAGUUUACGGCGAUCGGAGUUUACUUAGAUCCUUCAGAUGUCAAAACUCAUCUUGGAAAAUGGAAAGGCAAGACCGGAAAAGAUCUCGCCGGCGAUGACGAUUUCUUCGACGCCCUCGCCUCCGGGGAGGUGGAGAAGGUUAUAAGAGUGGUGGUGAUAAAGGAAAUCAAAGGAGCUCAGUACGGAGUGCAGCUAGAAAAUUCGGUGAGAGAUCGUUUGGCUGCAGAGGAUAAGUACGAGGAAGAAGAAGAAACCGAGCUCGAGAAAGUCGUUGGCUUUUUCCAGUCUAAGUACUUCAAAGCCAACUCCAUCAUCACUUACCAUUUCUCAGCCAAAGAUGGCAUUUGCGAGAUUGGGUUUGAGACGGAAGGUAAAGAAGAAGAGAAGUUGAAGGUAGAGAAUGCGAAUGUGGUGGGGAUGAUGCAGAAAUGGUAUUUGUCUGCAAGUCGUGGAGUUUCGCCCUCCACCAUUCUCUCCCUCGCCGACUCGCUGUCCGCAGUUUUAACCUAAUUAAAAACCUUUAUAUAAUAAGCGUUUGUUUAUGUGUGUGUUUAUGUGUUAUUAUAUCAUUGUUAAAUGAGAGACAUCGUGUUUUGUUAUCUUUAAUUUAAAUGACUUGGUGCUUCCUGGUAAGUGAUUUUGUCUUUAAUUUGCCAUAAAACAGAGGGGUGUACUGAACAAAAUUUUGUUAAUCACAAAGUGACAAUGGUUUUACAUUGAACAGAAACCAGCUGAAA